CAGCACCGCGUUCGUUCGUUCGCCGCCGCCGUUCGAUCCAAGUGGACAGAACUUUUGAGGAGAAGAAAUUAAAGGAUAUAGUAAUCUGUUGGACCCCCCCUUUUUCGGACAGGAGUUCCGCGAGCAGCGGAGUGCGGGGUGCUCUUCCCGACGAAUCGGCUUGCUACUGGCAAAGUUGAGUCUUAAGUGGAGGUCGGACUGAAGUUAGCGUUAAACUGUGGGGAAGGAUUAAGGACGACGUGGUUGGUGAAGCAACGGUGAAUCUUCCGGUGUUGGUUCGGAUUUCGGACGUUGAGUGGUUCGAGGAUUGACGACUCACGUCUAACCAACUUUUGCGGAGUUUGGCGAGUGUGUGCGUGCAAUUAACGGGUACAGGAAUUUCCCGGAAUUACUGUACGUGAGUGGGUGGUUGGUGUAACCAACCGAGAUGUAAUGGAGGCCUACGACGGUGGGUUGAUUUUCCUACUGUUUAUGGAUAGUGAAUGGCUGGAACGUGAUUUGGGGCGCGUUGAGGUCGCGAAACUUCGCGUAGUUGAUUUGGUGGAGACGCAUGGUGUGGGUUGGUGAGAAAUCGAUUCCCGAAGAAACGACAAUAUCCGGAAGUUACGAGAGCACUUCCUGCCCAAAUUAGUGAUGUGUAGUGCGAUGUGAGAUUGAUGUAAUUCUGCUCCGACAGAGAUUAACCAAGCGGAGAAGGAAUCUGUGCACCACAGGAAGCCCAUUACGAAUAUUAAUGAGUGUCUCUUCAAAUUUAAUUAGUGUUAAUUAGUGUAUCCUCCAACGGCGAAGUCUACGUCAAUAGCCUAGUGGCAAUAUAUGUUAAACGACUUAAGCCCCGUUAGCUUUAGUGAGAAAAAAUAAAGUGCGUCCCGUAGCUCCAAGUGAGACGUAGAAUCACAGAUAAUAGAUAACCCAGCAAAACUAGUCGAAAAGGAAAACUUCCCCCCUGCAGUGUUGGGAUAAAAGUGCUUCAUCGGAAAUAUCCUCGCAGGACGUUACAUAACCUUCCACCAGAAGACGACGACGACGGAAGAACCGUUCCGGAAGGAAAAUCCGACGCGGAAAAAAGGGGGAAAACAAAGUGUGGCCAUUUCCCUCCCAUUCAGCGGGGUAAGCGGAUAAGCAAGUUCACAUAACGAUUAAUUGGAUUAAAACAAAGGUAUCACUAUACAAAGUCAACCGUAACCAGGCCGGAAAAGUGAAUGACGAAGAGGACGACGAGGAAAAACAGCGGAAAAGUGUCAAACGGAAUGAAGGGUGUCCUGUGAGAAAUAGUGUGUCCAACGGUGUGAAUCCUGCUGGAAACUGAGAAGCAAACUGAGUUUUAUAUAGAAGCAAGACAGGAGGUUGGUUGAAAUCCUUUCGGUUGUGCGGCUUGGUGAGCCGCGUCCAGCCAGGACGGAUUGUCUGACACCCACUGGCAGUUGAUGGAAUGCCGUCGCAAAAGGACCGUGCCUCAACCCCCCCUCUGGAGAAUUCAAUCCAUCGUCAGGGAACGACAAACGCGUCGACAUUGGGGCAGUGGUGACAGAUGAAGCAGCCAACACCCCGGGAAGCAGUGUUGCCAUCGGCGCUGAGGAAACGGCACCAUGACGGGGAUGACACUUUCCAAGUCGGAUGUCAACGCUAAUUGGCCGUGACGAAUUGUCCCGCGGGGGCGUUUCCUCCCUGGAGCCUAACUUGUCGGCAAGAUUCAGUGCAGAGGAAAAAUAAAAGUACGAAAUAAGAAGAAGAUUAGUGCAGGGGGGCUUUAAGUGAAUCAACUCUCGAAAGCAUCCACUAAACCGGAAGCAGUAAAAGUGUGCAAGUGUGUGAAUGUGUUCUUGUGUGUGUGUGUGUGUGUGUGUGUGCGUGGGUGAGUGAGUAAAAAGCUUAAGCGCGCGAUUACCAGUGGUCAACCAUGAAACUUAGUGUCAGUGCCUAUCGAGCCCAUGCAUCUGCACACAAGAAGAUCCUGUCCAGCAGCUCCUACCAGACGCAGUUCAACUACGGAAGCACGGCGGCUUCCUCCGGCUCGGCACCGACCACGUCGGGACUGUUUUCAGUUUGACACUGCGUUGUUGUUGCUAGUGUGGGUGGUGGCCACCGGCGACGACGGCAGCGGCCUCGUGCUUCUGGUGCUGGUCACAAACACGAAGACGACGACGACGAAGACGAUGACGAAGAAGAAGAAGACGAUGGACCCGGCCAACCCGAACGCUGCCCUGAUACCGACAUGUUCGACCAUUUCCGGCCAGUCCUCCUCCAGCGGGGCCCCGGGCACGGCCAUAGUGGCCAUCGGGGGCGUCGGCGGUGGCAUCGGUGGCUCGUCUUCGGCCAUGGUCCCGGUGACCGGUGCCGGCGGGUCGACGCUGCUCAGCCCCACGUUGCUGUCGCCGGGCACCAACACCGGCACGGCCUCGAUUGCCACGUCCCGGGACGAGGAGGAUGACUCGAGCAACCAGGUGUCCUCGGCGGGCAGCAAAAGCUCCGGCCAGCGUUUUAGCUCCGGUUCGUCCCGGACCCUGGUCGGUCCGACCACCUCGCUGGUGUCCCGCUCGACCAGCAACGAACUGUCCGCAGUUCGUCCGCUGCGUCAUCCCAGCUACAACUCGUUCCGAACGUUGCGAACGGCGUCUAACUCGUCGGCGGGAACCAUCGACCAGCCGGGUGCCGGAGGAGGACCCCGAACCGGACUCGGCUAUCAGUCCAUCGAUAGAAGUUUCAGCUUCAACGAGGCCGACCAGCGGCGCAACCGGCAGCGGGCGCGGCAAUCUUCGUCCGUCCGGUGGAACGAGGCGUCCUUUUCGCGCCAGUCUUCGACCACUUCCCGGGGCCGGCGACCCUCCCGGGGGCGUCGGUUCUCACUGCGGGAUCCAACGCUGGACGAUGACGACGAAGACGACGUUAAUGAGAUUAAUCAAUUAUCCUCGAUGGAUAGCGGGGGCGGUGUCGGUGGAUCCCUGCGAGGUCCCGGCGGAGGCCAACUGCUGCAAAAGUCAAUGUCCAACGGGAUGACCCAGGGCGCCCAGAGCUGGAAGAAGCUGCGGGCCGUGAUGGCGUACUACUGUUCGCUGCGAAAGAUCAAGAGGACCAAGUCGAACCAGCGCUGGAUGAAGCUCCGGACGACGGUGCAGAUCUCGUCGGCCAUGUCGGUCAAGAAGCCGCCACUCAAGCGGGAAGACUCGUUCCUCAAGCGCUUCUCGACCCGGCAGAUCCCGGAGACGCAGGAAACCGUCGAGGACACCGGCUCGGAGGGCGCGACGGACGCGGACAAAACGGUGCGGCGCCGGCGCCGGCUGAAAAUCCCCAAGACCGUCGUCAACCCGGACGAGAACUUUUACUUCUACUGGCUGAUGACGGUCACGAUCUCCAUCCUGUACAACCUGUGGACGCUGAUCGUGCGGCAGAGCUUCCCGGAGCUGCAGGAGAACGCCAGCCGGUUCUGGCUCAGCUGCGACUGCCUCACGGACUUUGUCUUCAUCGUGGACGUGGCCGUUCAGCUGCGCACCGGCUACCUCGAGCAGGGCCUGAUGGUUUACGACUCGAAGAAACUGGCAGGCCACUACCUUCAUUCGAGUGAAUUUUUGUUCGACUUAGCGAGCUUAGUACCCUUAGAUAUCUUACAAAUUCGUCUCGGCGCGCAGCCGUUGCUGCGGUUUCCUAGGUUUUUCAAGGUUUAUCGUGCCAUUAAGUACUACUACAUCGUCGAAAGCAGAACGGUUUGGCCCAAUUUGUGGCGGGUCGUAAAUCUAAUCCACAUCCUGCUCAUCCUGGCGCACUGGUUCGGGUGCUUUUACUUUCUGCUCUCCGAGGCGGAAGGCUUUCAGGGCGACUGGGUGUAUCCGUACCGGCCAGGGGAUUAUGCAACGCUCACCCGGAAGUACCUGGGCAGUUUGUACUGGUCGACGCUCACGCUGACCACGAUCGGCGAUCUGCCGACGCCGGAAACGAACGCGGAACCGUCACAAUCGGCGGACGGCCCUAGAUCUCUUCCGCGACGUGGACUUAAAUCCCGACUCUUGCAGUUCAACUCGAGCCGAGGGUACGUGUUCACGAUCGUCAGCUACCUGAUCGGCGUGUUCAUCUUCGCGACCAUCGUCGGCCAGGUCGGCAACGUGAUCACAAACCGGAACGCGAACCGGCUCGAGUUUGAGCGGCUGCUGGACGGCGCCAAAACGUACAUGCGGCACCACAAGGUGCCCGGCGGGAUGAAGCGGCGCGUGCUGCGGUGGUACGACUACAGCUGGUCCCGGGGCCGGAUACAGGGUGGCGGGGACAUCAACACGGCGCUCGGUCUGCUGCCGGACAAGCUCAAGACGGAGCUGGCGCUGCACGUGAACCUGAGCGUGCUCAAGAAGGUCACGAUCUUCCAGGAGUGUCAGCCGGAGUUUCUGCACGAUCUGGUGCUCAAGAUGAAGGCGUACAUCUUUACGCCCGGCGAUUCGAUCUGCCGGAAGGGCGAGGUGGCCCGCGAGAUGUUCAUCAUCGCCGACGGCAUCCUGGAGGUGCUGAGCGAGACGGGCAAGGUGCUGACCACGAUGAAGGCGGGCGAUUUUUUCGGCGAAAUCGGCAUCCUCAACCUGGACGGGUUGAACAAACGGACGGCCGACGUGCGGUCGGUCGGCUACUCGGAGCUGUUCUCGCUGUCCCGCGAGGACGUCCUGACGGCGAUGAAGGACUACCCGGAAGCACAAGAGAUCCUCCAAACGCUGGGACGCAAAAGACUGAUGGAGGUGCGCUGCGUGAACAAGAAGCACGCCAGCAAACACGCCGCGAAGGAACACGGCGUUGAACAUAGCUCAAACGUAACCAACAACAAUAACAACAAUAACCAAGGUGAUAGUAGUGAUAAUAGUGCCUCAAAACGUAUCGUAGAUAAGCUUAGAAGUGAUGUUAAGGGAUUUAAGAAUGCGCUGCGCAAAUCAAGGACGGGAACAACUAGACGUAGUAACGAAUCGAUCGAGAUGCAACCGCUGCACGGUGGCGGCGGCGGUGGCAACACGAGUGGGGGCAGCGGUGGCAGUGCCAGCAGCAAAACUCCCAAAACCAUGCUGCGCCGGAUGCCCCGGGUCAAGUCGGACGAGGUGCACACCGAGGACGAGGGCGGCGGCCGGGACCACGACAAGGUGCCGAGUCCGAUCGGCGCGGGGCUUCCACUGCUGCAGCGGCUGCGGCUCCUCAAGGAGAAACAAGAUCGUGAAGAGCGUGCCGCAAAGGCGUCAUCCGCGGGUGCCACCGCCAUGGGCCACGUGGCCUCCGCAAGCACCACCACCGCACAAAUAAUCUCACCGCCACCGCCAAAUACUCACGUAACAUCUGCCAUAUCACCGCAGGAAUCGAUACAGGAAGAGCCGGAACCGGAAGUGAUCGGGGCCGGGCUGCCACUGAUGCAGCGGCUCCGGAUGCUCAAGGCCAAAGAGGACCGCCAGGCCCGGGACGCGCAAUCGAAGCUCCAGGUAGCUUCAAAUCAGACAACAUCCAGCUCACCGUCGCUGAUUCAGAGCCUGAGUCCGACGUCUCCCAUCCAGGUGAAGGCCAGUCCACCAAGCCCGAUCCUGAACACCAGCGCCGCGGCUCACCACGGGAAAAGCUCGAUGCGGGUAUCGUUCAAGGAUCGCAUCAAGAGCAUGCAACGGCAAGAGUCCAAAGCGGAGUCCCGUGCGGCGGUGGCUGCUGCGGCUCCAGCGACCAUCGCCGAAACCACCGACAUGAGCCAGCACCUGCUGACGAGCGUGCCAACGAAACCUGCCAAGCCAUCGGCGGCGCAAUCGCUAAAGGACAAGAUCCGAUCGCUAGGGCACUUGCAACGAGGCGGCGAUGAUCAUCAGUUGAAGCCGUGGUCCAAGCUGAAGCUGGCCACGGUGGUAAGCGUGGGUGGGAGUUACACCAGCUUGAACAACAGCUUCAACGAGGACUCGCCGAUCCUGGAGCAGUCGAAAAAGAGCCGCCACAAAACCUCCAUCCCGGCGGAUUUGAACCUAUCCUCGCUGGUGUCCACCACACCUCCUCCGAUCUCUUCCGCGCCCCCAACGACCACGGCCAGCGGGUCCGUAUUUCAACCACCGCGAAAAGUGUUCAGCCAAAGUACGUUCGUCGACAAGGUCUGCACGAGCGACAGUGAAGUGAUGACGAGCAAGAAGCAACCUCCACCACCGCCGGCCCGCGUUCGCAUGAAACAGAAACCGAAGCCGAUCCAAUUGACCAGCGAACCGAAGGAUUACAAAAGUUACGUGUCCGUUGACGACCUGUCGCCCGAGUACAGCGGACUGCCGUUUGUGAAGCGCCUCAAGAUACUGAACGAACGCCAAAAGCUGGCCGAACUCGAAUCGGCCAUGCAAACCCGUAGCCUUAGUCUAGAUUGUACCGAUUCCAACAGCAGUAACGCCGGCUACGAACCGAUCGAUCAGCUGUCACGCAGCAAAAGCGAAGGUUCCGGCAUAGCGUGCUCCCACUCCAAGAGUGCCUCUCCCGUAACACACCAGCACCACCGAACAGACAGCGGUGGCUCCUUCGUCGGAAGUACCCCGCUCAGUCCCGAGUCGAACGAAACGCCCGAACGGCGCCAGCUCAAAUCGAUCCUCAAGAAGCUCUCCGAGGACAAGGUCGCCCUGGACCAACGGCAAGGCAUCAUGCCGAACCGGGAGCUGAAGAAGCUGAUGCGAGCCCAAACGGUGGAAGGGUACGUUGCUAGACACAGCAAGUUCGCGAAGAGCGUUACCUUCAAUAGAAACACACUCUCUAGUCCUCCCGCAAGUGUUCAUGUACGUGAGUCUAUUGAAGACAGCACUCUUUUUCCCAUUCCUAGCGCACAAAGUACCACGACCACCACCACUACCACCGUGAUCGCGAGUGCCACGACCACCACGACAAACACGGCCACCAACACGACGAGCGAGGAAAGUUCGCUCUCCACGGUAGCCGAGAACAUCCAGUUCACCGCGACCUCGCAACUUCCGCUCGCGCCGCCGACGCCACCCACCACGUGUGACACCUCCGUGACAUCGCACCAAGCCCUUGCCGUCGUCAGCAACAACGGGUACUACGAACCGGACGCGGUGUUCCACGCCAACGGAGACCUCUCGAUCGCGGACGAUUCACCGUCCAAAGGGUCGUCACUGUCGGCGUUCGGCGGCCAGCGGAAGAUCAUCAAAGGUUCCCUCGAGGAGCAGGAGUUCUUCGGCGAGGUCCUGCUCGGCAUCAAGCAGGUCAUCCAGACGCAUAUGAAGGAGAUACAGGUCAAGUUCCAGGACAAGUUCUUCAACCUUGAGCUGGAGGUGAAGAAGCGGGACGACAUCAUAUCAAAGCUGCAGCACCGCAUCCUGGAGAUGGAGCGGGAGCAGCAGGAUCAGCAGCUGGUGGCACUGAGGGCGUACGACGACGACGGGAACGAGGACGAAGAUGUGCUGGUGUUCCAGCAGCAGCAGCAGCAACGGCAGGGAUCCUCCGGCAGUGGUACCUCGCGGUCGUCCGACGAGCUCCCGUUUAUGCGCGGUGACUCCCUCGACACCAUCUUCGCCUCGUCGCCCCACUCCGAUUCGGACGCACCCCGCGCGCCCAAGGUCGUUCGCAACCGGAAACCUCGCAGCUCGCCCCGCCAUCGGCCCCUCCGAAAUCGACCGCCACCGCCGGGCUGGGACGAAAGCACCGACCAGGACAGCUUCGACCGACGGGACUCUCCGCCCGUCGCCGUUGCCGCGGCGGUUCCACCUCCGGUUCCUCCACGCCGUGCGUCUUCCUCACCCGCCGUUGACCGGAUACGCAGUCCGUACCGGGACAUUGUGAUAUCGGAACUCACGGGGAACAUCAUCUCGGACAGCGUGAUCGUCAACAUCGAGAAGAGUUCCAGCUCGGAUCAUUCCGACAACAACUACGAAGAGGAGGGAGGGGAAGAGGAAGGUGAGGAGGAGGAAACAGGGGAGCUGGGAGUGGAGGAGGAGGUUGAAGAGGAGGAGGAUGACGAGUUCGCCAGCGAGUCGGGCAAACUGGUCCAGAACCGGGGCAGUCGGAGCAGUGACGAUGACUUUUACGUCGAUGACUUCGAUGUCGACGAGGAGGAGGAAGAGGAGGCGGAAGAGGAAGAAGAGCAGAUGAACCACAACGACUGGGAGGUUCGCAUGCUUGCGGCAGAACUGAAGAAGCGCGAAAGUGUCAGCACGGACUUCCCGAGUGACGUGGACGAGCACGACGGGCUGCUGCGGCGACGCCGAAAACGCAGCGAAACGGACACCGACGGCAGCGGGGCCGAACUGGAGGUGCUGAGGAGACCCCGCGCAGCCAGUCUGGACCAGCACAACCUGCGACGGAUGGCCAGCAUGAGCUCGGCAGCAGGGCCAAGCCAGCAGCAGCAGCAACGACGCCGAGGUUCCAUCUUCAAGGCCAUGAGCUUCGACCGGGACAAAGAUCGUCUCUGAGAAUUAAGGCUCAGAUGUGACGUGUGCAUGUUCACCAGUAUCACCAACGUGAUCAUCAUCGAGUGGAACAAGCGGUAAUCCGAAACCAGAACCAAACAAAAAAGUAUAAAAAGAACGCACUAUUAUGUAAGCAAACAAAAACAAAACAAACGAGUUGACAGAGGUAGACACAAGUUGAGCUAGUUUAUAGACCCCACAUCACAAGCCCCUUAACAGAUUGAUAGAUUCUAUUGAUUGAGUUGAGAGCAGCCUACGAAACAUUUAGGGAAUAGUCCAAACUAUAGCGUGAAUACGGUAGAAAUUUUGUUGCAACAACAACAACAGAUAAAAUACCAAAAAACAGAGAUUUUAUCGCACGUUUUGCACACACACACACAUUAAAAAAAAUGAAUAUAAAUUAAGAUCGCGCGUUUAGUUACAUUGUUACAUCAAAAAGAGAGAGUAAGAGAGAAUGCUUUUCAUAUUACGACCAGAGAAAAAGAAAGAGAGAGCGUUGUUACUUAUUUUCAGUUCGUGUAGUGGCGUGAACAAGACGAGUUAAAGUUCCAAGUACCGACGUUUUAAGAAAAAUUAAAAACAUAAUAACAGCUGAGCGCUAACCUAACUAUACGAUGUAGAAACUAUAGCAAACAGAAACAAUACCGUCUGUGCGGUAAGGAAUUUUAAAAUCUAAACACCUAGCGAAGCAUUACAUCCCGUCCAGAUCCGGUUGGUUCUUCCCUCCGAUUGCGUUGAUCGGUUGAAUUAACUUAAGACAAGUUCAGUAUCAUCAUGAAGUGGUGCAAUUUCCCUGUCGUUUU